UUGCCAGUGAACCGACCGCGUGUGCUUGCGCAGUUUCACACGUGAUAAUCGAUCUACAAUGGAGGUGUGAAUUGAAAAUACGUGAAAUUUCUUUUAUGUUGUGAUUCGUGAGUGUACAUUCCAAGAUGAAUUUUUUUUUGUACAUGGUCAUAUGCUGUUUGCUAAACAAUUCAGUGAGUUCUUAUUUGGAGGAAUUCAACAUACUAAAGAACUUUAGGGACCUAAAAAAUUCAACCGAUAUUUUUGACCUUGUAACCGGAAGAGAUGGCUUCGAUGCAAUUCAAAUUAAGGGGAAUGAGACGAUAGCGAUGCCUCUUAAAGAUUUUGAUCCACCAUUGAAAACGCUUACAAUGCCUUACAACUUACAAGCGAUAAUUAAAAUAGACUUCCAGUAUACAUCGUGGUGCAUUUUUUCCAUUGUGACAAAUGGUAUCACCAACAUAGCUCUAUACUUUGAUAUUGCUUCAGAAAGUUCAAUAAUAAUAUACAUAGAAGGACAAGAUAUAAAAAAGCGAGUACGGUUUGCAGACGACAUCAAAAAUAUGGAUUGGAUUGACGUUUUUAUUCGAAUUGAAAAAAAUAAAGUAAAAAUGUACGUAAACUGUACGGAGUUGGAAGAAGAAUCUGACGAUGAUUCUAUACAAGAUAUUAUAGAGUUUCAGAGCGAUUCGAUUUUAUAUUUGGGCAAAUUUACCGGCCAGGAUCAAAAUACUUAUAAGGGUGCGAUAGAGGCUUUUAAAAUAACCACAGGUGGGGACGGUAUUUCUGAAGUGUGUUCAAAUGGUUUACCGGCUAGCACUCCAGGAUCUUUGGAACCCAACACUACUAAAUUUACAGAUUUUAACUCAGGUGACCCCUUUGCCACGUUUACUGAUAAGAAUAUAACAGGAGAAAAGGGCGAAAAGGGAGAUAAAGGAGAUGCUAGUACAGUUAUUGGACCAUUAGGACCACAAGGACCUAAAGGAGAGACAGGGACGUGUCAGUGUACAGAGAACGAUGUAUUCAAGAUACUUAAAAGUGUCGUAAGCAGUGUGCCAGAAUUACGUGGUCCCCCUGGAAAAGCCGGGCCAAAAGGUGGAGAUGGACAUAAAGGAGCCAAGGGUGACAUCGGUCUAGUUGCUCCUGCAGGCCCUAGGGGAGAAAGAGGUGAACCAGGUGAUCCUGGAAGAGAUGGAGGUAAAGGGCCUAAAGGGCAUAAAGGUGACACUGGAAAAGACGGCGCUAUAGGUCCUCGGGGUCCCCCUGGUCCAGAAUGUCCCGCACCAGUCGUAGAGAAGAAAAUAGAAGAGACAACAGUUCCUGUGAAGGGUGAAAAAGGUGACAUGGGACUAAAGGGGCCUCCAGGAGUGGCUGGCCGUAUGGGCAUUGAUGGAAAGAAUGGAGAGAAAGGAGAGCAGGGAAUCAAAGGGGAGAAGGGGGAUAUAGUUACGAAAUACCAUACAUAUAAGGGCCUGGAUGGAGUUAAAGGCGAUAAAGGUGCACCUGGUGAGCGAGGAUUGGAUGGAGUUAAGGGUAUACAAGGAGAGAAAGGGAAACCUGGAAGUCUCGGAAUUAAAGGAGAUAAGGGUGACAAAGGCGAUAUAGGUGCACCAGGUUUGCCGGCUAAAUUGUCAUCAAUACUAGAUGAAACAAUAGAUCCUGAGGAAAAUGCAGCUGUGGUAAAGAAGCUUCGGGAGCUUCCGGGGCUUAAGGCUGAUAAGGGUGAGGCAGGUCUUAAGGGAGAAAAGGGUGAUCAGGGAUUAAUAGGACCCCAAGGGCCUCCGGGCAAAGAUGGCGUUAAAGGUUCCCUUGGUGAACGAGGUCUACUUGGUCACAAAGGAGAUUUGGGCCCAAAAGGUCCAAAGGGUGAAGCAGGACAUCCCGGUGCACCAGGAAAUGUUCCUGAAUCGACUAUUGCUUUAUUAAAAGGUUCCAAAGGAGACCGAGGUGGUCCAGGGAAAAUGGGUAGUCGUGGACACCCAGGGCAUCCAGGAACACACGGAUCGGUUGGACGGGCAGGUCCAAAGGGGAUAAAAGGUGACAAAGGAUUACAGGGUUUCAAGGGUGAAAAAGGAGACAAAGGCCUCGACGGAACACAUGGAUCAAAAGGGGAAAAAGGUGAAAUACCUUUUAUAGACUACAAAAAGGUCAAAGGUGAAAAGGGUGACAGAGGUGAACCUGGCACUGCUGGUGAAGCAGGGAAACCUGGUAUCCCUGGCACGUGUGAAGCAUCGGCUUGUCCAUCUACUCCCGGUCCACCUGGACCGCCUGGCCCGCCGGGCUCACCAGGAAUAUCCCUCAUUGGACCCAAAGGAGAACCUGGUGGUAUUGUGCCCCAGAAUAAUUUUUUACCUACAGGUUCAUUUGACGAUAACGAAGAUAUGUACACAGCUACAACAAUGGUAUUUAAGACUAUUUCGAUUCUUCUAAAGAAAACUACCGAUGUUCCAGUAGGCACGAUAGCCUAUGUAAUACAAGAAAGAAUUUUACUCGUACGCGUUGAAAAUGGUUGGCAAAAUGUGAAGAUGGGUUCGCUAUUUUCCACACGAAGUACGUCUUAUGGAUACGCUGAAAUUCCCGAGUCUACGUUGCCUACGAGGACUUUAUCUAGCGGUGAAAAGUCUAUCCGUCUUAUCGCCUUGAACAAGCCGUAUCCAGGAAAUAUGUAUACAUCUAUGAACAGGACUGGAAGGAACGCAGUCAAUCAAGAGUGUUAUCGACAGGGCAAAAGGGCAUUUCGUGUGAAUAAUUUUGUCGCGUUCCUCACUAAUAAUGUGGAGGAUCUGAAAUCUCUAGUCAAAAGAAGUGAGGAUCGAGUCGUACCAAUAGUCAAUUUACAUCGAGAAGUCCUUUUUGAAUCCUGGCUCCAUCUUUUCAAUGGGUCCGGUGGUCCACUGCCAAUAACUAAGCUAUAUAGUUUCAACGAGAAAAAAGUUAGCAGUAAUAAAAAUUGGCCUAUAAAAGCAAUAUGGCACGGAAGUGACGCGUAUGGUCAUAGAACUUCAAGUGCGUUUUGCGACGAAUGGCAAAAUAAUAAUACACAGGCAUUUGGAAUGGCCUCUCCGUUUAAAGAAAGCAAGCUGUUAUUCCAAACACUUUAUCCAUGUGAUAGUAAGCUGAUUGUAUUAUGUAUAGAAGGAACAUCUAGAAAUCACCCGAUUAGAAGAAGACCGCAAUCGACGAGAAGAUCACGACAUACAAGGAAAGAUGACUUUCACAUAGAACCUUGAAAAGCAACAGUUAUAGUGCCACAUGUAUGUAAAUAAAGACAAUACCUUCAGGAACAAUAUUCUAAUUAUAUUAAAUUCAGAAUGAAAUCUCUUAAAUUUCAAUUGAUAACGAGACUUCGUACGGAGACAAUUAUAACGGAGUUGUUUUGUUGUUUUAUUGUAAGCUACCCUAACUGCCAUACUUAGAUUACUAUUCAAUUAUGUUUGACGCUAGUGUAAUAAUUAUACUUAAUUUUAUUACCGACGUUUAAUGCCCGAUUAGUUGGCGAAUGUGGUUUAGCAUUCAUUUUGUAUGAACUUUUCAAAAUCUUUAUUAAUAGCUAAGUUAAUGAACCAUUCAGUUAGGUUGUAUGAGAACCGAUGGAAAAAAUCACUCACGCAACUUAACUUAAUUUCGUCCCAUACAAGUUAAUUAAUAAGAGGACUCGUUCAAAAAUUCCUAAGUAGCUUAAAGACAAACUUGUUUAAUAGCGGAACAGAGGUUUUACUCUGUAACUUCCAGUCUAACAAACAAAACCGAUGCCAACAUUUUUGUAUGCAAGUUCGCUGUAGUUCUAUCAAUACCCGUACCGCUGAUGUUGCAACCUUCGAAUCGUGCCGAACAAAAACUCAUUUGGGAUCGGGAUCAAUGUCGUUCGCUAGUGGAAGUUACAGAGGCCCGAUCCCAUUGUAAUCCCAUUGAAAGGCUAUAGGACUUUAUAUCAAAACUUGAAAAUAAUUGUCUUUAAUAUUUUACUUUUAAUUGUUUCGUUUGUAUCAUCAAAAUAUAUUUCAAACUAGAUGACCCCGUGAACUUUGUUUCACCAACAUAUAUUUGUGUCAAAACUUUUAAAACAUACCAAAGAGGUCGGCCAUCAUAAAGCAGACUACAUACUAAUACUAUGAAACACAUAGUUUUGAAAGAAUCUACAAAUAUGUAAAUGACAACCAAGUGACAAUUUUUAAUUUCUAUAAAGACGUCCAAUUCCCCAUCUAAGAACAGUUUGUAUUGGGAAAUUCAAUUGUCGUUUUUAGUAUUUUUCUUUAAUUAUUAUUUAUGUUUCCCAUCGUUUAAACCUUCCCUGAUCUUCCACAAAUAUUUUAAGAUCAUAAUUAGCCAAAUCGGUCCAGCCGUUCUCCAGUUUUAGCGAGACUAACGAACAGCAAUUCAUAUAUAGAUAUAGAUAAUUACCAUUGUUGUUGACGCACUUUCAGUUAAUUAAUAUUAAAGGUUUUUUUUUAAUAGUUAGAUAUUGCAGCUAAAGCCGACAACCGCUUUAUAAACCUCAAAAUGAUAAUACUCUUAAGUUUGUAAUAGUCAUAAUAUUUGACAAUAGAUGAUAAAUGUAUAAGAUGCAUUUGUAUUAACUUAUUAUAUGGGCUAUGAUUGUAGUUAUCGUAAUAUACUUCAUGUAUGGAAGUCACUUCUAAGUCAAAUAAUAUAAGUUGCAAAAUGUCAUCAAAUAAAUUGAUAGAUUCAGAAAAACUCAAUCGGACUAAGGAUUUGUCUCUUUUCAACAUACCGUUAAAACAAUUGCAUAAAACGAGAUGCACUUAGUAAUAGAACUAGUUAGUUUAUUAUAAAGGGGAUUAAUGUUUAAGGUAUGUUAUAAAAUUGUAUAUGGCGAACCUCUCAAAAUUACUUAUUAUUGAUUUGAAUAUAUUAAUUGAUUCACGAUUCAUACAAAUAAAUCCUUACUAUGAGAGUUCCGUUAUGGCAUUUCAUACAUGACAGAUGACAAUGACAAUUUAUACAUGAAUAGAAUGUAAUAUUUUUAAAGUAUGAUGUUUGAUAUUAUGCGUAUUAGAAUGUAAUUUUGAUGUAAGCUAAAGUGCAUUUUUUUUAAUUUGUAAUAAAAUUUGACGUUAUAAAAUA